AUGGUGUCCGAUGACGAGGAGAACGAUGAGUUCGCGUACUCUGAAGGCGAAUUGGACGAUGAUGACGUAGAUUGGGAAGAUGUUAAUACGCAACAGCAGGAUGCUGAACCUUUGACAUCUGAUCCGUAUGCUUCCCGCGCUACUUCCGUGGCUCAAGAGUCUGCUGUAAAUAUCGACACUAUUCUGAUCCACAAGAAUGAGAAAGUGUCUUCAGAUUUACAGCAUGUUGACUGGGAGCAAGUAAAUCGCUCAUUAGCAGAGCAAGAUGCAGCAUCUGUGACUCGUAAAAGACGUCGUCCACCCAUUCGUCUGACGAAGUACGAAAAACAGCGAGAGAGGGCUUUGCAUCAAACACAUUUGUUACUAUUGCUUGCGAUGCGCAUAAAGUGGAUGCACGUCACGCGGUCGCAGUUACUGCAAGGGUUAAUGCUAUCGCUUACUACAACUAGCAACGUCGAUUUCUUCGUCGAUAUAAAGCAGCAGCCGCUUUCUUACUCGCUUGAGCUGAUACUUCGGUGGUUCAAUCGCGAGUUUCAAGUGAUUGAUAAAAUGAUUGAUCUUGAAGAAGACAAUUUUAUGACCGAGUCGAGUCUGAUAAAUGUCUUUUACUUACGAAAAGGUUGCGACUACGAGUUGACUCUGCUCUUCGCUGCCUUGUGUGGAGCGCUACAGCUGCGCUAUCGUCUCACGUGUGCGUUAGACCCGCUGCUUGUACAAAGAGGGAAAGCGUUUGAGGCAACGUUUAAGAAAAGACAGAAUAAGGGAAGGCGAGUACGAACAUUCGCUGAGUCAGAAAAGGAAAAAGUAGAAGAAAAGCAGGAAAUUAAAAAAGAUAUGGAUCCAGAAAACUUGGAUUUGGCGCAUCGGGUGUAUUGGUUAUGGUGUGAGGUAUUGGAUGAAAAGGCCGAGAAAUGGAUUCACGUAGAUGUAAUUCGUCGAUUAGUCGAUCGACCACAAGAGAUCGAAGCACUGCGUGGCAAAGCGGCUCGUUUUUCGUACGUCGUAGGAAUUCAAGACAAUAAUUUGCUUGUGGAUGUCACAGCACGGUACACUGUUCAAUGGAGCAAGAGCUUUGAGUUGCGACUUGCUGACUCCUGGAUCAAACAAGUGAUUGAACAAUAUAAUGAAGAUACAGGAUUACUGCAGCAAUCAAUAUCGUCGAAUGAACAUGAUGAAAAAGUGGCUCUUGAUAAGGAAAAGAAAGAACUAGAGACAUUUAAGUUAGCAGAAGGUAUGCCAACCAGUCUAGAAGGGUUUCGAAAGCAUCAUUUGUACGUUCUGGAGCGUCAUCUUGGUCAGCUAGAGUAUCUUCAUCCACGAAAAAUUGUAGGUCUUUUCAAUGGCCAGCCAGUCUUUCUUCGGGAACAUGUACAGCGACUUCAAUCGGCGUUUAAGUGGCGUCGUUGUGGUCGUGUAGUGAAGGAAAGUGAGCGUCAAAACCCGGCAAAGUGGCAGUCAAGAAAUAACGAUUUUGGCUGUGGUGGAAACGAUAGUAACGACGAUAAUGAAGGAGAAAAAGAUAAAAGCUCAUCUUUAGCACUCUUUGGAAUAUGGCAGACGACAGAGAUCGAAUCUCCUCAACUUGUGAAUGGCCUCGUGCCAAAGAAUCAAUACGGUAACAUUGAGAUCUGGAGUCCAGCUCAUAUUCCGCGUAAUGCAGUGCAUCUUCGCCUCCCUCGUAUCGAAACUAUUGCUGAAUCCUUGGGCAUUGACUUUGCACCUGCAGUCGUAGGUUUUGAAGUUCGCAAUGGCCGCCCAAUGCCAAAAGUCUCGGGUAUUGUCGUGGCACAGAGUCACGAAAGUAUGCUACUUGAUGCCCAUGCAGAGAGGCAACAACAGACGAUAGAAAAAGCUAUUGCACACAACCAAAAGCUUGCGAUUAAACGCUGGGAAAAUCUCACAAAACGAUUGCUGUUGCGUCAACGGCUCGAAGACGAUUACGGUUCCAUUCCAUGUACAGAUUGUCGCUAA